AUCAGCUCUUAAUGAAAUAUUGAUAUUGACAUAUUUAAACGAAUUUUAAGCAAUGCAUUAGUGUAGUUUGUUAUAAACGGGAUCGUGUGAAAAUGAGGGACCUGAAAAAAGUUGGAUCAGUUAACAUUAUCGACCCAUCAGAAUUACUAAGACCCGAACCAAAAUUCGCUCAAAAACCUGUUGGUCAAUUUAGAGAUUAUACCAUAGACGAGAAUGACCCGAUUAAAGAACGAGUCAGGAAAACUUACGAAUUGAUGCACACCAAUCAGACUGUGAAAUUUGUACAAGAAAAAAUUGAAAAAUGGACGAAAUUCGAUCACUUCAAACUAACUAUGAAGGAUGCUCUCAUUAAAUUAAAUGAUUUGGUAGAUGAAAGUGACCCUGAUGUCGAUAUUCCAAACAUAGUACAUGCUUUUCAAACAGCAGAAAGAAUAAGAAAAGAUUAUCCAGAUGAUGAUUGGUUCCAACUUACAGGAUUAAUUCACGACGCAGGAAAAGUUCUUGCCUUUUUCGACGAGCCUCAAUGGUGUGUAGUAGGAGACACCUUCGUAGUAGGAUGCGAAUGGGGUGAAAAUAUUGUAUACAGAGAUACUUCAUUCAAAAACAACGUAGAUGGUCAAAAUCCAAAGUACAAUACAAAAUAUGGUAUCUACAAACCUAACUGUGGUCUAAAAAAUCUGAUGAUAUCUUGGGGACAUGACGAAUAUCUAUACAGAAUGCUGAUACACAACAAAACAAAACUUCCACCACAAGCAUUAUCCAUGAUAAGAUAUCACAGUUUCUAUCCUUGGCAUUCUGGUGGAGAUUACGAACAUCUUAUGGUUGAAUCAGAUAAAGACAUUAAAAAAUGGGUAUUAAAUUUUAAUCAGUACGAUUUGUAUACCAAGAGCAGUGAAGUACCUGAUAUUGAAAGUUUGUGGCCUUACUAUGAGAAACUCAUUGAGAAGUAUAUACCCGGUGUAUUGGAAUGGUAGAUAAACAAGAAAUUAAAUGGCAACAACUUAUUUCAAAAUUAGUCAAUUAUAUUAAUUAUAUGCUAAUAUUUUGUUCAAUAUUCAUUUAUUUUCUAUAAACUAAUAAAUCAAUUAUCAGUAUAUUAACGUUUAUAAAGUUGUAAAUAGCUUACGUGGUCGCUAUGUAAUAUAUUUACAUUUCGUGUUAAAUAUUAUACUUUAUCCACUCCUCAUCAAAAAUAAUAGACAUAUUAUA